AUGAAGACUUCGAUCAUCCUAAUGCUCUCUUUCUUCUAUGUACUUCCCUUAGCCUAUGCUGACCUACUGGUUGGUUUCUAUGGUUCAACCUGUCCGAAAGCAGAGACAAUUAUUCAGCAAGCGGUGGAGAAGCUAUUCAAUCACGACAAGUCCAUAACUGCAGCCUUGGUUCGCUUGCAGUUCCAUGACUGUUUUGUUAGAGGAUGCGAUGCAUCAAUACUUAUAGAUUCCAGGAAUGGAAAGCUAUCGGAGAAAGAUGCGUUUGACAGCAUCUUCCUUAGAGGGUUUCAUUUGAUUGAUGAGAUCAAAGAAAGCUUAGAAGCCUUAUGCCCUUCCACAGUUUCAUGUGCUGAUAUUGUAAGUAUUGCUGCUAGAGAUGCUGUGGACUUAGCAGGAGGACCUGAAUAUCAAGUUCCCACAGGGAGGCGUGAUGGGCUUGUUUCAAAUCUUGAAGAUGUGAAGAUGCCACAGCCUAAUGAUCAUGUAAAUGUGUCUCUGCAAAUUUUCAAUGAGAAGGGGUUAACAUUAAAUGAUAUGGUGACCCUUUUGGGUGCACACACGGUCGGUGUUGCUCAUUGUGGUUUCUUCGCUAGUAGGCUUGUGGGAAACCAAUCUGACCCUAAUAUGGAUCCUGCUCUGCGAGCUAAGCUGAUCAAACUAUGUUUUAAAGCUUCGAGAAGAGAACCCUCUGCAUUUUUGGAUCAAAACACAUCGUUUGUGUUUGAUAACGAAUUUUACCAUCAAAUCCUUGAAAAGAGAGGCAUAUUGCUAAUAGAUGAGCAGCUUGCUUUUGAUAAUUCCACCAGCGGUAUUGUUAGAAAUUUUGCAUCGGACAACGUGGGAUUUCUGCAGAGCUUUGCAAAAGCUAUGAUAAAAAUGGGCAGCAUCGAAGUUCUGGGUGGAAAUGAGGGUGAGAUACGAAAAAACUGUAGGUAUUGA